AUGAAAUUACGUUUGGUCUACCACUCAGUCAAGCCGAACGUCGCUCUUUACACUUACAACCAACUGAAGUUCCAGCCCAACAUGGUUCUGCCCACGCUCUUUCUCUCGGCUGCCCUGGCCACUUCCGUGGCCGCCUACGAUACCCUCCUCAACUUCAACGGUGCCCCCGAGGUCGAGACCCGUACCAUCGAUGAGAUCCAUAAAGCUGCGCUUGCAGAGGGCGGCGUUGUCACCCUGUGGCAUGGUGGUGAUGAGAAGAACCAGCAGGAUGCCCUGAAGGCUGCCUUUGAGAAGCGCUUCCCCGGCAUGACUUUGAAUCUUACUGUUGAUGUGUCCAAGUACAUCGACGGUAACAUUGAUCGUCAGCUGUCCCAAGGAAACGUCUACGUCGACAGUGUCAUUCUCCAAACGCUUCAGGAUUAUCCCAGAUGGGACGAGCAGGGUGCUCUCCUCCGAUACAAGCCGCUCAACUUCGACAAGAUUCACCCCGGCUUCCGUGACGUAUUUGCUGCUUGGUACGCCGUUGUCGUCUUCGGCUGGACAAACAUUUGGAACGCCGACAAGGUCUCCGAAGGUCCCGUCGACUACCUCGAUUUCCUCAAGCCCGAGUACAAGGAUAAGCUGGUUUUCACCUACCCCAACGAUGAUGACGCUGUUCUCUAUGCUUUUGACCUCGCUAUGCAGCAGUACGGCUACGGCUGGUUUGAGAACCUUCUCACCCAGAACCCUCGCUGGGUUCGUGGUACCGCUACCCCUACCACCGUCAUGGGUCAAGCCAACAACUCCUACGCUGUCACCUUCACCGGCAGCGUCGGCAUGAUCCCUUCUGCCCCCUUCAACAUCUCCAUUCCCAAGAACGGCUUCUUCGUCACGUGGGGUCAACGUGGCGCUAUCCUCAAGGAUGCACCGCACAAAGAGGGUGCCAAGCUCCUGCACAACUUCCUGCUCAGCGACGAGUACCAGAACCCUAACGUCACCGGCUCGUGGAGUGUCCGCCGUGACAUUCCCCCUCCUGCUGGCUUCCCCGACCUGAUGGAGAUCAACUCCACCAACCCGAUCGACUUCGAGCGUUUCAUGGUCAACCGCGAGCGUGUUGAGAGGCUCAAGAUUUUCUUCGAGGACAAGAUUGGUACUGCUCAAGGUCUUAGCCCCUUGAUCGAUGAUUUGUAG